UAUGACUUACUUUUAAGUUGUCGUAACAUUCGGUGUUGAGGCCGGGCAUUUAAUAUUGAAAUUUAUGCUCAACAGAAGUCUAGAAAAAUUUGAAUGAUAAUUUAAAACGAUUAACAGUGAUUUAAUUAGUGACAUCUUGGUUUUUUAAUAAAUUUGAGUUUAAUCUCGGAUUUAAUGAGUGUAACCGCACUCUAAUUUUAACAACUCUUCCUGCAAUACCUACGGGCCCAAACGAUGAAUACAAUCAAUUUCGGCCAGUUUAAGGCCUUCCUGAUCUUGUUUUGUAUUUCGGCUAUCAGUAUCAGUGUUGUAACAACAGCCAAUACCUGCAAAAGAGGAUGUACCCAAUCUGACAAUGGAGUGUUAAAGUUUCAGCCAGGCAACGUUUACGAAUAUAACUUCGAUUCAGUUAUAACAGUUGAUCUUGACACUGGCGCUUCAAAAGGUACCGAUGAUACAAGUUUAAGGCUCACUGGCACUGCAAAAAUUUAUGCCGAAGGCAACUGCGGCUACACGUUGCAACUUAGUGCUGUCAAAGUUUUGGCCGCUAAGGAAGCAGCUGAGAAAAAGUUAGUGCAGAGUGUUCAAAAGCCUGUCCAUUUUACUUUAACAAAUGAUAAAGUGGAACCACAAUUUUGCGCCGAUUACAAUGAUUACCAAUAUGCUUUAAAUAUCAAACGGGCGAUAAUUUCUUUGUUGCAGUCUAACUCAGAAGACGGUAUUGAAGUGGACAUCUUCGGGCAGUGUUCAACGCAUACAUCAGUAUCUAAUGUUGGGGAGACGCAUAUUGUAACCAAAGUUCGUGAUUUAAAUCAAUGUAGAUUCCGAGAAAAUACACGUAGUAGUCUGAUUCACGGAGUUAUCAAUCAAGCCGCGGGUGUUAAGUCUGCACACCUUUUCAAGGCCAGCUAUACCAAGGAAUCAAAAAUAGUGAACGGUAUUGUUGAAAAUACUCACUUGAUUGAAGACUACAGUUUUGGCAUAGCCGAGAAAGGUAUAAACAGAAUAAGAGGAAAAGUUAUUACAAAUUUAAAGAUAAGAAAUCCAGCUGGUACUCCUUCUGCUCCUCCACAGACUGGCACUCAUGGCGUCUCCUUGAUUUUUCAAAAGCCUGAAGUAUAUAUAACCAAAAAUUUGGCAGCACUAAAAACUGCACUAAAUCAAUUGGUUGAUUUAUUAAAUGACUACGUGAAAAAAGAUAGUGCCACAAGUUUCACUGAUCUUAUACGUUUAAUGCGUAAUGCAGAUACUGAUACUUUACUUGAACUGGCCAUUGUGCCCCACGAGAAUACUAUUUUGGCGCGAAAAGUCUAUUUGGAUGCAUUGUUCCGUACUGGUACUGCUGAAUCAGCAAAGGCUAUAUUUAAACAGUUAAACAAAAUGGAUGAAAAAGAAAAGCUAAUAGCUAUAAUAUCACUGAACCUUGUUCAAUCUGUGGAUAAAGAUACUUUAAUCCAGGCAUCUGCAUUAUUAACACCAAAUGCUUCAAAUCAAGUGUAUUUGUCAAUAGGCACGUUGGUUGCGAAAUAUUGUCAAGUCAACGAUUGUGAACAGGGAGACCUAGAUGGAAUCUCCAAGAAAUUUAUUGAAAAUCUUAAGCAUUGCAAAGCUAAUACAAUGAAAGACGAAGACCGCAUUGUUAACAUAUUAAAGGGAAUUACUAAUAUGAAGAAAUUUAGUAAAAAUUCCGUUAAUGCUCUAGUUGAGUGUAGCAGUGUCGGUCGUAGUAACCGAAUUAGAGUAGCAGCAUUGCAAGCAUUUACUUCUGCAAACUGCGACUCAGUUUUAAUUCAAAAGGCUUUAACAUUGCUCCGUGAUCGUAAUGAAGACUCUGAACUAAGAAUUGAAGCAUAUUUAGCAGCUAUUAACUGCCCUAAUUCCAAUGUAGCCAUCGAAAUAGCAGCAAUUGUGAACUCAGAGAAAGUUAAUCAAGUGGGUGGAUUUAUUGCGUCAAGUCUCAAAGCAAUACGCGACUCGACAGAUGACUAUCGUACUUAUCAGCGCUACCAUUUGAAUAAUAUUCGUGUUACAAAACAAUUUCCCAGGGAUCCAAGGCGUUACAGCUGCAAUAAUGAAAUAUCCUACAAGCUAGAUGCACUCGGCCUUAGUGCAAGUUCCGAUUACAAGGUUAUAUAUUCCCAGCAUGGAUUUUUGCCCCGUUCGACAAAACUUAACAUUAGUACAGAGAUUUUCGGCACUAAUUUUAAUGUAUUUGAAGUGAAUGUGAGACAAGAAAAUUUAGAAAAUGUUUUGGAAUAUUAUAUUGGACCUAAAGGCUUGCUUAAUAAAGAUUUUGAAGAGAUAAUAAAAAUAAUUGAAGAUGGUGGUGUUUCUGGUGAUAAUUAUAGAGCGCGCCGUAAUAUUGCCGAUGAAACAGCUAAACUGUCAAAAAAAUACAAAGCAUAUGGCACCAAAAACAUCCAGGAUGUCAAUCUCGAUUUAUCGUUAAAGUUUUUUGGUUCUGAAAUGUUAUUUCUCAGUUUAGGUGACCAUAUACCAAAUACAUUAGAUGAGAUUAUAAAAAGCUUAUCUACCGCUUUCGACACCGUAAAAAAGGAACUGCUAUCCUAUAAUAAGGAAUUUAUGUUCCAUGAUCUGUUCCUUGAUGUAAACGCGAUUUAUCCAACUGGUCUUGGUAUCCCACUAGAAAUAAAUACGCAAGGUUUUACAGCGAAUAAAUUAGAUUUCGGUAUAAACUUAGAUGUUGAUGGUAUUCUGGAGCAGAAUUGGCUUGCAACAAAGUAUCAAGCAAAAAUUGUGCCAAGCGUGGAUAUUAAUUUAAAAUUUCAACUUGGAUUUAAUGCUUAUGUGUUAGCUGCGGGACUUCAAGUCGAAUCGAAUUUUCAUUCAGCGUCUGGUGCUGAUGUUAAAUUAGAUUUUAUCAAUGAGGGAAAUGAAUUUAAUUUGAACAUUAAAUUACCACGAAACAAACUGGACCUCAUCAACGUAGAAGUUAUACCUGGAUUUUAUGUAACAGACCCUGAUAAGCCAUUUAAAGUCAUUGUACCGAAAGAUAACAAAAAACAAAACUCAGAUAAUUAUCAAAUGUGCUUCAGCCAAUUAGAUGUUGUUGGACUGAAUUUAUGCAUAGAUGUGUCUGGUGUUAGUCGUGGUAAAGAACUGUCAUCAAAUGCUGGCUAUUUUAUCAGUUUAGUACGUCCCGUUAGCUUAAAUGUUUACACAGAAGUUGAACGAAAGUAUAAUUUACGUGGUUCGUACAUAUCUCAGACCAACAGUGGCAGCCAAGAAUGGAAGCUGGAGUUAAAUAUGCCAGAAUCAAAGGAACAUCGUAGUGCAAGUGUCACGUUUGAAGUAGGGUCGAAUCCUAGUACAUAUGGACGAUUAGCCUUUGAUACGCCAUUAUAUCAUUUUGCCUUUGAGUCAGGAUUUAAUAAUGACAAUCACGAACUAGUCCUAUAUGCUCAACAUGAGGACAAUGAAAAAGUUAACCGUAAUAGAAUUGGGUUCAUACGCAACGGCAAUGAGUAUCUUCCCAUUAUUGAGGUGCAGGAUAAAAGUGGUACGUCUAAUGAAUUUUAUGGGUAUCGCAUGGAUGGCAAGGUCAUUUUGCAAAAUUCCGGCGAUAACCAAGCCAAAUACAUUUUUGAUAGUUUCAAAGUGGCAAAUAAAGGAAAAGAUAGAGUAAUUGUAAAUGGUUGGACAGAAGUAGGAUCAGCCUGGCUUAAUAGCGAAUUACGUGUUGGCAUCUUAAAGGAUACAUAUUUGGUAAAAAGCAACUUCGGAGUGAAUAAUGGUAUAUAUGAUAUUGGAUUCUUCAUAAAUGAUGAACAAACGCCAGAAAAUAUUUAUGGAGGGUCUGGCCAUGUACAGCUUGCUGAACAAGCUUUUGUGGUACAAUUGGUUGGUGCAGCUGCAUCGUGGAAACUAGAUUUAAACAAUGAGGUACAGUACGCUCUUUCCGAGAGUUCUAAUUCCCUUGAAUCCAGCAGUUUUAAGCACGAAUCAACUUUAAAAAAUCAGAAAAGCGUUGUUGGACAAUUCAAGUUGAAACUUUUGACCUCUGGGAAUAAUAAAAUUGAUUUAAAUACUGAAUUAGUGAGCGGAAAAAGAACGGCUGCUCUUGCUAUCAAAUAUAAUGGAAACGGGCACCCAUUCGGCGAUUACAAUAUCGAAAUACACGGAAAAUAUAACAAGCAUUACGCAGAUAUUAUAGCAAAGAAUAAUUUCAAUGGUAAUCGUUUUGUUAUCGAUAACACACUUGUAACCAGUUGGGGCACAUCAUUUACUAUUAAAGGUGAAAUAGGACAACGUUUUACAGCUCAGGAUAUAUAUAUUGAUAUGCAUGGUACAGCGCAAAUUAAUAACAAAAAUAAGCAGUUUCAGUGGAUAAUUAAAGUAAUUGGCACUCCUGACAAAACAAACAGUGAGGUUAAAAUAACGAGCGACAGUGCAGAUAUUUUGAAAUGUACAGGUGAUCUGCAACAUCCACAAGAUAAAAUAUCCAGCGGUAAAAUUCAUGUUUCUGCUAAAAAUUUAGCUGUAUUAAAAGCAGACUUUAAAGUUGCCAAAAAUGGUAAAGGUGAUGCAAAUGUUGCUGUUGAAACCCUGAAGACCGACCAAAGCCAAAAAAUUGACAUUAACAUAAAAUUCCAAGUUCAAGCACCAAAAUAUGAGGUGGAAACGGCUAUUGUAUUUAGCGGAGAUAAAAAAAUUUACUUUAAGACCGAUAGCCAUUUGGAAAAAAUGAAAUUCAUAACUAAGAAUGUCGCAGAGAUUUCAAAUAAGAAAUUAACUAUCGAUGCCAACUUUGCUGUAAAAGGUGAUUUCAGCACAAAUGGUGAACUUCAAGGUAACUUCAUUUUCACUUCUCCAACUGGACACAUUGUAGAUGGUAAUAUCAAGCGUAAAAUAACCACAAACACUAAAACAGGAAACGUGCAAGGUGAUCUCGACGUACAAAUAAGUAAAGCACGUAAUGGCCAAAAACAAACUUUGGCUUACACGGCAAAAGCUGAUAAGCUAAAUUUGAAAACAAAAGAGCUUUCCGAAAAGGUUCAACUUAUAUAUACGGAUAUUAAUGAUAAGAAGCUAGAAUUAUAUGCAAAUGUAAAACAUUUACCUAAAGAUAAAAGCAAAACAGUCGAAAUAAAAGCUGGCGUGCGGGGCGAUUAUUUGAAUAUACCUGUCGAUGUCAAUUUCGUAGUUGACGAAUAUGACAGCAAUCACGCGGUUUUCCGAGUUGAUAUUAAGUGCGCUGGAGCCUUCAUCUUUAAUGUCAAUGGCAGAUAUAAUUUGGGCGGAAAUGAUAUUCCAGCAGUAUUUGAAGUUCAAUUAAAUUCUCAGCUGCCAAAAAAUAACAUCAAGUCAAUUCAGCUCAAUUCAAAUGGUAAAUUCCUUAAUCCAAAAACUAACAAUGGUACUUAUAUCAUUGAACUGCAUGUAGAUAAACAAACAGGAGAUAGUCAAUAUUUACGUUUAAAUACUCUCUGGAAAGGCUCCCAGCAGCAAGGUGCUUACACAUUUGAUGUGGAUACUACGGAAAUGAAUGGACCAUUGAAAUUAGAAGGUACCUAUCAAAAUGAACAGCCAGGUGAUACUAAGGAUGGCUCUGCUGUUGACAAACAGCAUUAUAGUUUCAACUUCAACUAUGAUAACAAAUUUGUUAAGUCAACUGCGAAUUUGAGUUAUGUGGGUAUUGGUAAAGCCACAGCUCAUUAUACACUGAACGCUAAUUUUGAAUCGGUAAAAUAUAUUGAUUUUGAUAUAAGCAUGCAGAAACUUGAUGUUGAUACUUAUGAGAUUAAUUUGCACGCUAAGGGUGAUGAAAUUGCAUAUAUGUCGAACAUGAAAAUUUAUCAUUCUCAGUAUAGGAAAGGUCUAGACAUGCACAUAUCAACUCCAGAAGGAAGUCCAAUAGUUAUUGUUGGUGUUUUUGAAAUAUCAGGCGAGCAAAAAUCUAAAAUUUCAGUGAAUAUUCAAAAUGUGAUAGAUUUAGAUUUUACCUGCAACUGGGAGUCAUCAUAUAAUGCUAUUGACGAUUUCUCUAUUAAAGCUGAUUGGAACUCAGUAAGAUUAAAUCUUCCAAAUUAUUUGGUUGACAUACGUUCACAGGGCAAAUCAAUAACUUUCAAUUUUAAAAAUUCAAAACAUGAAAUUAUGUCUGGCAGCGCAACAUACUCUCUUAAAAAGGAGAAGAGCAAGAGCAUACUUGAAGGUCACGGCCAAGUAAAAUACUAUGGUAAGCCGCAGAAGAUAAGCUUCCGUCUAAUACACCAAAUUUAUGACAUUGCAACACACAAAGAAACUGGCUUUUCUUACUCACUGGAUGGUAAUUAUGGUCCGAAAAAAGGCGUAUCAACAUUUAAAAUUACCACUGGUGGUUUUGAUGUAAAAUUUUCAAUAUGCGAAGAAAAGAAACAAUGCACAAAUGUACAAGUGCAAUCUCUUGUUACACCAAAUAGUAAAGAGCUCGAUUCGUCUCAGAAUUCAUUACUCAUUGUCAUAGAUUUACGAGAGCUUGGUUAUCCUUAUGAACUUGAAUUUCAAUCGAAAACCGUACAACAAGGAAUUAAGUUGCACUACAGUAUUGAAUCACAAUUUGUAUCAAACAACAAUUUAAAGUACAAAUUAAGUGCAAACAUACAACCAAUGAACUUAGUUAUACAAAUAAAAUUACCAAAUAGAGAACUCUUAUUUGAGGGUAUGCAACAAUUACCAGAAAAUGGCAGAUUAUUUGGCCGCUACGAGAACAUCCUCGCAUUCUACUUUGACAAAACAAAUAAACCCAACGAUGUCACAAGGAUAUCGGCCGUUGCUGAUGUUACCGGAAAUGAACUUCCAAACAUAAAUGUAAAUAGUGAAAUAAAAUUUGAGAAUGCUGCCAUCCGGCCAUUAUCGAUUUCUGGUAAAUUUGAUGCUAACCGUGAGAAGAAUAUUGUAAAUUGUGAAGUUAUCUUUGACAUAUUUCGUUUACCGGAACAGAAGAUUAUCGGAACUUUGCGAACACAAAACAGUGGUCAAGGGAACGGGUUUAAUAUUACAACAUUUGAGUCACUGCAAUCUUCGGGUCUGGGUUUUAAUUACGAAUUCAGCGGUCAUACUGCGCUUAACAUAGAUUUGCAAAUAUUGAGUGCAGGUACCAUUUUACGUAGUGGAGCUACAGAUUUAAAAGUAUCAGCAAAUAUAUAUGCUACAAAAGACCACACUGACUUAUCGGUUUAUAUUUUAAAUGAACCCAUUGUACAAGUGGCAGCCGACUUCAAUCGUCAAAAAUUCUCAGUCAAUUUUAAUAGUAAAGUAAAACUUUUUAGCCAAGCAGCUGUGGAGCUCAAAACCGAGCUGCAACCUACACAGUCAAAACUUGUAUUGAAACGUAAAGGUCUCUUGGAUUUGAACGCAGAUGUCAAACUGGGCAAGGAGAUUGAGCUUAAUAUUAAAGGUGUUGAAGAGCAAUUGUUUAAAGGGCGCGUGGCACUAGAUGCCGCUAAUUUCCUACAAGCAACUUAUUCCACCAACAGCGAUGCUAUCAAAGCAUUUUUGAAUGUGGUGGAAAGCGAAAUAAAAAAAGACUCUAAUGCAACAGUUGAGACAAUUAAAAGAAAAUUUAGAUAUAUGCGAGAAACAAUCGAUAGACAGGCGAAAUUCUUUGAGGCUAGUACCCCCGAUUUGGCAAAAUUGAAGUCUAAUUACGAAGAAAAUGUGAAUGAUAUCGUUCGAGCUUUGGAGAAUGAUCCCAUAUUGAAGCAGAUCAGUGAAAACUAUCAAAUCAUUUACACUAAGCUUGUGCAAGUUUCUGGAGAUAUAUCGAAGAUUGUUGCUGAGUACUAUGGAAGUUUGAAUAAGUCUAUAGCAGAAUUUUACAAAAAAUUGGAAACCUCGUUAAGGGAAAAUGUAUUGCCAGCUUGGGAAGAUCUGUUGGUCACAGCUUCAAAAAUGCUUGGAGAUUUGCGCGUGCAAAUUGUUAAUGUAGUAACUGAAUUGAUUCAACAAAUUUGGGAGAGCUUAAAACAAUAUGGUCCUGCACUGGAAAAUUAUACUAAAACUAUUAAAGAAUUAUCAAGGCCAUUAAAUGAGGCAGUCCAAGAACUUGUCAAAGCAACCACUGAAACAAUUGAAAACCUUAUUGAAGAAUUCAGAGAAUAUAUUACAAAGCUUCCUACAAUCGAUGAAUUACAAAAUCAAUUCAAUGAAAAAUUGGAAAAGCUUCAACUUUUGGAGAACACCUUGAAUUUUAUAAAUAACUUGUUUGACCAACUACAUAUUUUGCCUUUGACUCCGGAAUCGUUAGAAUUCAUAGAAAAGUUACGGGAAUAUAGCGAGGCUAAAAUAACAAAUAAACAUAUACACGACGAGCAGCUAUUAAAAGAGCUAACUAAACUACUAGUACGAGCAUUACGUUCAAUUUGGUCAAACUUGGAUAUUAGUUCAUCUCUAGCACCAACUGACAUUGCGAAAAACAUGUUGUCCGCUAUACUGGACUUAACAUCAGAGUCGCUUGAUCUUCUUGGUAAAAUGCCAAUGGUCUUGUCAUUCCGUUUUAGUGUCUUGAAUUUUAUACUGAACGAAAAUUUGGAAUAUAUAUUCAGCAUUAGAAAUUGGAUAUUCCUCCAAGACUUUAACCUGCACGGGCAUAUAGUAGAUGGGCACAACAUUUUCACAUUCGAUGGUCAACAUUAUUCCUUCCCUAGUAGCUGCAAGUAUAUAUUGGCACAAGAUACCGUUGAUAACAAUUUUACUGUGGUCGCACAAGUUAAUAAUGGCAAACUUAAAACGAUAAUAUUAACCGACCGGGAAAAUAAGUUUGUCGAAAUUUCAGAUUCAGGUACUCUAAAAAUUAACGGCAAGGAAGCCGAGUACCCUCAACAUUUAAACGGUAUUCAUUCUUGGCGUUUAUACUACACUGUCUGGCUGCAAUCUGAAUAUGGUGUGGAAAUUAUGUGUACUCAAGACUUAAAGAUUUGUAAUGUAAAAGUUAAUGGUUUCUACACUGGUAAAAUUAGAGGCCUUCUUGGAAAUGGGAAUGCUGAACCAUAUGACGACUUUAUUCAAAUAGAUGGUACAAUUACUCCAGAUUAUGUUACUUUUGGUAACGGAUACGGAAUAGGUAAAUGCGCUCCAGUUGCUGCACGGCCAGUUGAAUUAGUGUCACAUUCAGAUAUUUGUUCUGAUUUAUUUGGUCUACAAUCGCCGUUGAUGCCUGGAUAUAUAUUGGAAAACCCUUCACCUUACCGUUCUAGAUGUGACGCAGUUGUCCAUGACGCUGCUGAAAAAGAAAAAGAAGCUGCUGCCUGUUUAAUAGCAGCUGCUUAUGGAUCGGCUCUGAAAAUGAAAGGCAUUCCAAUUACAUUGCCAUCUCGCUGCUUAAAGUGUGCUGGUCCUAAUGGGCAACGCGAGUUAGGUCAAGAGUUCACUGUUAAAAUACCAAAUAAUAAAGCGGACAUUGUCUUCGUUGUGGAUAUGGAUGUCAGCCACGCUUUGCUUAGUAACUUGAUUGCGCCUGCAAUUUUAGAGAUGCGCGACUCACUUAAAAUACGUGGAUUUACUGAUGUGCAAAUCGGAGCAAUUGCUUACAACAAUUCUCAACUUUAUCCAGCUCUAUUAACUAGUAACGGCGGGAAAAUUAAUUAUCAAGACAAUUUAGCUUAUGUCAAACUAAAUGGGUCUAAAAACAUUUGUGUACACUGCAUUUCACAAGAGCUUCCGGAUACCAAGGUCGUUGAAAUCUUUAAAGUCAUUGAGAUAAUUUUAAGAAAUAUCGUACCGCAAUCUGAUGAAAAGGCAUUUAAAUUGGCUCUUGACUACCCAUUCAGAGCAGGUGCUGCAAAGAGUAUAGUAGGAGUUCGCAGUAAUAAUUUGGAAUUUGAUAAUUUGUUCAAACUAGUAAGAGCUCACUUAACCGAUGUUGAAACUAAGUUCAAUGGGGCCCAAUUGCAUUUAAUUGGUCCCGUUAAGGAAUUAUCUGCAGAAGGUAUUCCAAAAGAAAAACUUAUCGGAUUUAACUCCCGUUUGAUUGCCACACUAGAUGGAAAGGAUAUAAAAAAGCGUCAAAAACUGCAAUUCGAAAAUGAUAUAAGCAUUGACUUUGUUCUCAAAAAUGGUGGAUGGGUCUUUGCAACCAACAAUUUUGAUCAAAUGAAGCCCAAUGAGCAGAAAAAGAAUGUAAAUCAAAUAGUCAACACAUUAGCUGAUACUCUUUUCAGAACGGAAAUUGUUAGCGAAUGUGAAUGUGAGGUCGUGCAUGGUCUACAUGCUCAACACAGAUGCACAAUUAAAUCAUCCAACUUCCUGAUAAAUAAAAAGGUUAAAACCAAAUAGUUGAAGGUAAACUUUCUAAUUAAACUCAGUAAAUAAUACAAAUAUAAAAUUUAUUGCGUCUGUCAAAAGCAAAAAUAAAAACUAUAGCUAAGAAAUGUA